AUGUAUAGAUCUGUGGCCUUGCUCAACACGCUUAGCAAGUUUCUCAAAGCAAUUAUUAUAUGCCGCAUCAGCUAUGCUAUGGAAAGUAAAGGAUUACUUCCUUCAAGCCACCUAGGUGGCUAUAAAGGAAUAUCCACGGAUCAUGCCAUACAGAUCAUCCUUAAUCAAAUCUGUGGAGCCUGGGGACGUGGCCAUGCUGUUAUAUUUAUGCUCCUAUUAGAUAUCAGCGGUACUUACAACAAUGCCCACCACCUACAACUACUACACAAUAUGAAGAAACGAUGUCUAGGGCACUUUGUGCCUACCAAGAUACGGAUCCCUGAGGAGAUAUCUAGCCAAAUUCCUAUACCAACAGGCAUCCUACAAGGAUCACCAAUCUCACCUAUCUUAUAUCUGAUUUACAACGCGGAUCUGAUUGAGGAUUGUGCAGAUAUAGUUAAUCACACAACAAUAAGUGGAUGGAUGGACGACGUAGCCUUGAUAACCAUAGAUAAUAUAGAGACAGAAACAAUAAGAAAGCUUCAAAAAGCUAGCAAGAUCGCAGAUCAAUAG